CGCGUGCGCGAGCGGUGCCGCACCGGCCGCGGGAGCGGGAGUAUUAUGGGCUGUGGGUGCCGCUGAGCAAGAUGGAGCUGUCUGCAGUGGGUGAGCGGGUCUUCGCGGCCGAAUCCAUCAUCAAGCGGCGGAUCCGCAAGGGACGCAUCGAGUACCUGGUGAAAUGGAAGGGGUGGGCGAUCAAGUACAGCACCUGGGAGCCCGAGGAGAACAUCCUGGACUCGCGCCUCAUCGCAGCCUUCGAGCAGAAGGAGAGGGAGCGUGAGCUGUACGGGCCCAAAAAGAGGGGACCCAAGCCCAAAACUUUCCUGCUGAAGGCCCGGGCCCAGGCCGAGGCCCUCCGCAUCAGUGAUGUGCAUUUCUCUGUCAAGCCGAGCGCCAGCGCCUCGUCGCCCAAGCUGCACUCGAGCGCCGCCGUGCACCGCCUCAAGAAGGACAUCCGCCGCUGCCAUCGCAUGUCCCGCCGCCCCCUGCCCCGGCCCGACCCGCAGGGAGGCAGCCCCGGCCUGCGCCCGCCCAUCUCGCCCUUCUCCGAGACCGUGCGCAUCAUCAACCGCAAGGUGAAGCCGCGAGAGCCCAAACGCAGCCGAGUCAUCCUGAACCUGAAGGUGAUAGACAAGGGCCCGGGCGGCGGGGGCGCGGGCCAGGGCACUGGGGCGCUGGCGCGCCCCAAGGUACCAUCCAGGAACCGAGUCAUUGGCAAGAGCAAGAAGUUCAGCGAGAGCAUCCUGCGCACGCAGCUCCGCCAUGUCAAGUUCGGCGCCUUUGCUCUCUACAAGCCCCCACCUACCCCACUGGCGCCCCAGUCCACCGGCAAGGGCGAUGGUACCGCCGCCACUGCCGCCUCCCCCAGCCCGGGGCUGCUCCUGGCCGCCCCCUAUGAUGCCCGUAGCUGCACACCUCAGUCCUCCUCCGACCCCGACGAUGUGCCCCCCAAGCUGCUCCCCGAAACCCUCAGCUCCCCUGCGCCUGACUGGCGUGAGCCCGGGGUGCUCGACCUGUCCCUCCCUCCUGAGGCGGCGGCGGCCAGCAAACGCGUGCCCGCCGAGGUCACUGCUGCUGCCGGCCAGGCCCUUCCUGCGGCCCCUGAGCCCGAGGCUGGGGACUGGCGCCCGGAGAUGUCGCCCUGCUCCAACGUCGUGGUCACCGACGUCACCAGCAACCUGCUGACGGUCACCAUCAAGGAGUUCUGCAACCCGGAGGAUUUCGAGAAGGUGGCUGCGGGGGUGGGAGCUGCUGCGGCAGGAGUGAGCAAGUGAGGGGGCUCCCCCAAGGAGGGGGGCUGUGGGAGCGCCCUCCUGCCUCAAGCCGCUCUUGCUCCCACCCUCCCGGCCCUGCCCUCAGCCCUGUUUUGCCUGUGCUUUGCUUGUUUCAAGUGGCUCAAUGUUCACCUAGGGGCGGGACUGGGCGCGGGGAGCCCCACAAUAGCCAGUGGGUGGGUGCCGCCUGAGGACUGAGGCAGAGCUUGGGGGGGGGGUGCCUGAAGUGCGCCCUCUUGGGACCACCCCUGCCCAUGCGCAGCAGGCCUGCCUGGUGGUCUCGGGGAAGCCCCAGGUUUUAGGACUCACCUGCUGCUUCCACAUCCUGCCUGUUUCUCCCCCGCCCCACCAGCUUGCUUUCUGCACCCCUGUACAGCAUCUGCUUUAUGGUGCUAAGCCGGCAGUCUUGGGGGGCCCAUAGGCAAUCCCACCCAGGGUGGGCGUGGUCCCUGCCUCCCUGCAGGUGCAUGGCCAGAACAGGCAAAGCCCCCUGGAGGCAGGGGGAGGGAGGCAGGCCCCCUCCCUCUUCAGCAGCGAGGUCCUCUGAAGGGGAGGGGUCCAAGCUGCUGGCUCUGGGUGAGAACAGGGUGGAAGCCGUGGUGGCUCAGCAUCUAAGGCCCCGCAUGCUUGACCAAAGGUGCUACAAGAACUUGCUGGGAUACGUCUGGCUGUGUGUGUGUGUCUGGUGUGUGCAUGUGGGGUCCCCAAGUGUGCUGGUUCCUCAGAACAGGCCUAGGGGAGGCCUGGCCCUUCUGGCACCUCGGCCUGGCUUAGGUCUAGGCAGUUCACUGCGGAGGGGAGGGACAUCCUGCCCAGAUGUGCUGGGGGCAUCGUGUAUUGUGUUCCCAACACCACCCUUGCCCAUGCCACCGCUGGUCAGCCUAACCAGUCAGGCCUUUUUUGUAGACAGUAUGGUGGGGGCUGAGCUGAGAGGGGAGACCCCUCAUUGUUAGCCUCCCUUGGCCCCUGAGCAUUUGCGGGAGUCUGGGAAAUGGUCCCCCAAGGGUCUCCAGCAUCUUCUACCUGCUAUUCUGCUUCUGACCACAGCUUUCCUCGUAACCCAACCUGCUCAGAGCAGCGGGGGUCGCGGCCACCCCAGGCAGCUUCUGUAACCCUCUGUGCUGCCAGGGGCCCCAGCCACAGGGCCGGUAUCAGAAGAUGGCCUGGUCUCUGCUGGGCAUGGCUGGAGCCAGCUUCCCUCUACCAGCAGCCCUUGGCACCUCCGUGCAGUGGGUGACACAGGAGGAAGCAGCGGGGGGUCCCAGCCUCAGGGUGGGCAUCAGGAGAUGGCCUGGUCUCUGCUGGGCAUGGCUGGAGCCAGCUUCCCUCUACCAGCAGCCCUUGGCACCUCCGUGCGGUGGGUGACACAGGAGGAAGCAGCAGGGGGGUCCGAGCAGGUGGCAGGCGCCUUUGGUCUGAGGAGGGUUGGGCAGUUUCCCCUGACCCUUCCUGUAGGGGCUGUAGCCUGCUGUGACCAGGCCCACCCACCCCAGGCAGUGGUCCCGGGGUCCCUGGCAGGCGAGAGGGGACUGCAUUCCCAGGUCCCGUCCUGCCCCACCCCGCCUGUGUGUUGGUUUUGUGUCCGUCCAAGUGCCAAUCGGCUUUUUCCCCAAAAAGGGCUGGUAUUUCUGCUCCGUGCCCAUAGGCAAUCUCCCCUGACCCCCUCCGGGGGUGUGCCCGCCUGGGUACUAGUUCCAGGCAUUGCCAGAGACCGUGGACAUGUGUUUUCCGAGAGUCUGUGUCAUUCGUGACUUCUUUUGUAAAGAGUUGUGUUUUCAGAGGUGAUUUUAUGACAGGAAAGUGAAAGAAUUAGUUUUGCAAAAAAAAGAGGGGAAAAAAAAAGAAAUAGAAAAAAAAAUCCUGGUAUUCCUAGUGGGGUGGGGGGUGGGAUGGGGAGAAAGAUAUUUAAAGAAAAAAAUAGUAACGCAGUGAUUGCACAGGUGAGGGGCAGUGUGGGGGUGUCUGGGGGCCUGGGCUUACUUGGCGGGGGCCCUAUGGGGACCGAUGUGGUCCAGCCUCCCACUGCCUAGCCUUGCUCAAAGGGAGGGGAGGAGCGAGUGAGCGAGGCAGACACUGCAGGGGCAGGUUGCUCUGGCCUCCUCAACCCUGCCCUGUGGGGAGCGGCUCCCUCCCCACCACCCCCAAAGACAUCCCACGCUGCCCUGGCCAGGAGGACACUUGAGCAGAACGCCCAUCCUGAUUCGGGGCUGGAGGGCGCCUCCCCCACCGCUGCCUGCACACUGCCCCAGGCUGCUCAAAGGGGUCCAACCGCACCCCUGCCUGCACAGUCGGCCUCCCAGGGCCCCUCCUCCACCCCUGCUGCUUUUACAUUUGCCUACUUAUCCAGCAGAAAUUGCAUUCUGGUUCGCUUUAUUUUUUGUAUGUGACGUGGCUGCCCCAAAACCCAAUCUCCCGUGUUCAGUAUGGGAUGGGGCUCCCCGCAACACACACAUGUCAUAGGAAAGAGGUGAGGCCUGGGGUUUUGGGGGGUUCAAAAUGGAAAGUUUGGGGUGCGUCCUGUCUCCUUCCCACACUCUGGCCCCUGGGGUGGCCUUCUGUGAAAUGGGCAUGUUGAGUAGUGACGUUGGAGCCACUGCCCAGUCUGUGCACCUGCUGGUGGGUGGCUUCCUCUGUAUUCUCAUCCCCAGCCUAAAAAGGAGGAAAUGGGGUUGUGAGAAGCAAGGCUGCCUCACUAGGGUGGCGUGGGGGCCCUGGAGCCAGCACCAGGCUGUUGAACUGAUACCACCCCUUCCCCUGCAACAGGGUGCCCCUGCUCCAAGCAGGACCUGGGCCAUCCCUCUGACCUCUCCGGGAUGCUAGAAGGACGGGCUCCAUGUCCCACUUCUGUGUGUGGUUUUGUUGCACUUCGCCCAUGCCGGGCAGCAAGUGGAGCCUUCUCUGGUGGGACCCAGCCCAAGGUGGCCCCCAGGGGAGCGGAGGGACAGUGGUGGCUCAUGAGGUUUCAGGGGUCACUUUUUUUCAGACCAGAGGAAGGCGUUUUCAAGUUUUGAGUUUUGUUUGCAUUUGUAGCUCCCCUUGGACGCAGAAAGCUCAUGUCAUGCGCACGGCAGACGUGAGGAGAAAGCUGGUUGGGGCAGAUGGCAAGCCCACCCCUGGCCUUGCAGGGGUCAGCACCCCUAAGCGCCUACUGUAUGCAGAGCAUCAGCUAGGAGGAGGGGAAGGGGCAGUGGUCUGAGAGGCCAUGUGGAAGAACUCCAAGUUCUGGCCCUGGCCUUGGCCGAGUGCAGGUGGAAACCUCAUUUUGUUGGUUUUAAUUUAAAAAACACAAAGGCCUAAAGAAAUAUGUAUCUUAUAAGUUUUUUUUUUCUAAUUUUUGAAAAGCUCAUUUAAUGAACUGCACGGAUGGAUUCUUAUAUAUAAAGUAUACAUAGAUAGCUCUAUAUUGGGGGAGGGGCGCUGUCUUUCUCUCUCUUUUUCUCUUAAAUGCAGUGCUGUCUGUGGGUCAGCCGCCCAGCUCCCGGCUGGGCCACCUUGCUUCCGGGAACCACAGGGCUGGCAAGGAACAGAACGGGGGCACAGCCCCUCUGCCCUGCCCCUGUGCCAGGCUCCCGUGGGUUGAGGGCCAGGGGAGGGUCGGUCAUGCGGAUCUGUCUCGUAUGUUUUGUUCUACUCUUCAGUAUUGUAUCCAUGCCAGGAAAGGGGGCGAAUUUCUUUUACCCAUCCCCCAAAUAAAUUGUCACAUUCCGAAGCAAA